AAAACCCUAAACGCCCAUAUCUCCCAAAAACCUCGUUUCUCACUCUCUUCGAGUGUCGCUUGCUUCCCAACAGAAUGGCCCAAACCCUAGCUCGCUCUUUCAUUUCUACCACCGCUCGCCGCCUCACUUACUUUAAUCUUCUUCCCAAAUGCCUCCUAUCCACCACCACGGCUACCAUAACGCGUCCUCCGUCUCCCCAACCUCUGCUUUUUUGCCGCCGACCAUUGCUACCACUCUCUCACGCCGUACAGUCAAUCAAACCUGGUGGUCCGACCCGAUUGACUUCGAUUCGAUGCCGGGUUAACCGGUCGGGCAAUUCCCCCUACUCACCUUUGAACUCGGGCUCUAAUUUCAGUGACCGCCCUCCCAAUGAGAUGGCUCCGCUUUUCCCAGGAUGUGAUUACCAGCACUGGCUUAUUGUCAUGGACAAGCCUGGUGGAGAGGGCGCCACCAAGCAGCAGAUGAUUGAUUGUUAUAUUCAAACCCUAGCCAAAGUUUUGGGCAGUGAGGAGGAAGCUAAAAAGAAGAUUUACAAUGUUUCAUGUGAGAGGUAUUUUGGAUUCGGCUGUGAGAUUGAUGAGGAGACUUCAAACAAGCUAGAAGGCUUGCCUGGUGUUCUGUUUGUCCUGCCUGAUUCUUAUGUUGAUCCUGAAAACAAAGAUUAUGGUGCUGAGUUGUUCGUGAAUGGAGAGAUUGUUCAAAGAUCACCUGAAAGACAGAGAAGGGUGGAACCACAGCCACAAAGAGCUAACGACAGACCCAGAUACAAUGAUAGAACCCGAUAUGUACGUCGCAGAGAAAAUAUGCGGUGAAACACUUGGUGGAAAAAUUAGCUGUAUAGUUUCUGGCAUUUGAUGCCAGUCUUUCCUCAGUUGUUUAUGCAUAUGAUAUGUUAAAACGUUGGGUAGGGCGAGUGGAACUAUGAUGGCUCUACCUGAUUAUUUUUCUAGACACUGUGAAAAGGGUGUGAUGAUUGUAAGACGUACUGUCCCUGACUCUGAUACCUUAAAUGUUUAGACUGGAUGUCUGCUGUUUUUCA